AGGACCUGGCGGUGGCGCGCGAAAUGAACGGAGUGUGAAGCUGCUGCAGGUCCUACUUUGUUCACUGCAGAGCUGCUGCUGCACGCAGAGUUUGUGUGGGACGACUUUAAAAGGAAAAGAAAAAAAAGAUGCCUAUCACCCGCUCCAAGAAGCUGGCCGUCCAGCCUGCGUCCACCAGGAUGAGUCUGAGGAGCUUCCGCAGCGUCCCUCUGGUUCCCAUGGAGACGUCCUCCUCUUCCUCUGAUGACAGCUGCGACAGCUUCGGCUCAGACGGAGGCUUUGCAAAUACGAGGAGCAUAAGACAGACGAGGAGGACGGCGGAGAAAGCAAAGGUGUUUGAGGCCACAUCAGAGGAGGAUACAUGCAGCGGGUUUGAGGAGAAUGUGAUCAGCAGUCGGAUAAAAGCCAUGAAAGUAGUCGCUGAGCCUCCAAGACAAGGCCGCAGGUCGAACGUCCUGAAGGUUGCCAUGACGUUUCCUUCCAAAAAGGCGGAGAGGAAGAGGCCUGCAUCUGAACCACUGCCUCAACCUGAAGCUCAGGAGUCCGACUCUGAGGAGGAGAACUUCAUGAGCAAGAGAGCCCUGAACAUUAAGGAGAACAAAGCAAUGCUGGCAAAGCUCAUGGCAGAGCUGGACAAAGUGCCUGGACUCUUCCCAGGGAGACAAAUAUCGAAGUCGGCAUCAACUACGCCCCAAAGGGCACCUAGGCAGUCCGUGGGAACCCCAAGAGCCCGUAGGAGGUCCUCAAGGCAUUUGUCUCGACCCCACACACGGUCUCGCUCGCUGGUGGACGGACCCCCGAGCCCGACCCCAGAGGAAGAACCUGAGGACAAGUUCAGUUUGGUUCGCAAGAGCCGCUACUUUGAGGAAUAUGAUGAACCUCCCCGUCGCCGCUCCUUCAACGGCACCAAGGCCAUCCCUCAUGUGGUGCGUCCGGUGGAGGACAUCACAGAAGCAGAGCUGCAAAGAAUCUGCACCAAUGUGCGGGAGAAAGUCUACAACAGCUCCACUGGAUCCACUUGCCACCAGUGCCGCCAAAAGACGACCGACACCAAAACGAACUGCCGUAACCCUGAGUGUCAAGGCGUGAGGGGUCAGUUCUGUGGUCCGUGUCUCCGUAACCGCUAUGGAGAGGAGGUCCGGGACGCUCUGCUGAAUCCAGACUGGCAGUGUCCGCCGUGCAGAGGGAUCUGUAACUGCAGCUUCUGUCGGGCCCGAGAAGGUCGCUGCGCUACGGGAGUGUUGGUUUAUCUCGCUAAAUACCACGGCUAUGACAACGUGCACGCCUACCUGAAAAGCUUGAAGAAGGAGCUGGAGGAGAGCAGCAAGUGAAAGAAGCUGCUCCUGAUGAUCCUGGACCUGACUGUCCACUUUGACACACACAGUUGAAACAUCUUUGAUGUUUAAAGCAUUUUACCGUAAUGCUUACUGUUCCUUUGUGUUAAAUUUCAUAUUUUUUGAACGUUGACUGAUAAACAGAGGAGGCACAGUUCUCUCUACUUGUGUUUUUUUGUUCUACCACAUAUUUUUUUACUGUCUGUUCUGAAGAGUUGAGAUCUUACUUUAACACUGGUUGCUUGAGCAACUGCACUCUCAGCGUUAAGAUGACUGCCUCAUCCUAACAUGUACAUAAAUGUUGAGGUUUUUAUAGCUGUACCUGCUAAAAGAAAACUUUAGGCUUGUUUAGAUGAUCUACUGUGUUUUACAUUGUUUUAAAUGUACUGCUUUUCUACUGCCCACUUGGAUAUGAAUUGGCCUCCAAAGGAUCCAUCUUUGUUUGUGCCUUUUUUUUUUUUUUUGUAGUUGCAAAUUUAUGCUUGUGUUUUGACAAGUUGUUUAUCCUUUUGGUAUAAAAAAAAAGCUUUACUUGGGAUGUCCUGUAGAAAUGGCCCAGUGAUCUGCCUGCUAUGGGGAGGUGCAGGUGGAAAGGGCAAAGACUGAGGUCCACUGCUUCUCCCUUCGAAGCCGAGAGGAACCGUGUGAUAUACUACAGCGCCUGGUUAAAUAUCCUUCAUUAGAUAACUGUCACUAAUGGUGUGGAAACAAUUAGCACACUCUAAUGGGAAUCUCAUACCUGUAAAUCAUUUUAUCCUGUUAAAGCACAUUCUCGCUCUGCUCCAGUCUCUUUGGCUCAUUUUCUGCCUUACACUGUUAAGUAGGAAUGGUUGAAGGUGCCACUGAAGUGGCAAUAGAGUUAUGGCCUGCAUUUUCUGUUCAGAAGUGUCAUACUCUGCACAAAAUGACAUGGAAUUAACCUUUGUGCCGUUCAUCUCUGCAAUGUACUUCAUUUGACCUGCGCUAGGAAAUACUCUGAUUAUAUGAUACAGUUUGAAAAUAAUCAACGGUUGAGCUUUCUUCUUUACUGUAAUGGCAGGUGGAGGUUAUCUGGCUGCUGCUUCUACUUAUCAGGCUGUGCAACCUUAACAGGAAGAGUAAUGCUGAACUGUCGAAGGGGAUCUCUGUUAAUGGCGAUGCUUGCUUUGCGUUAACUGUACAUUUUCAUUAAAGCGUUAAUCACUACCGAA